AAUCAUUUAACUUGACGUUUAGUAUUACGAAAAUACACACAAGAUGGCUUCGGUUAUAACGCGCAGCAAUCUCUUAAAGGAAAUAAUCAAUCCCAAAGUCAGUCAAAAGAUUUUGGGUUCGGUUGCUGCUGUCCAAAGCCAACAGCAACGUAAUCUAAAUGUCCAGGAACAUGUUUCCUAUAAGCUCUUGAAUGAUGGCGGUAUUGCUACACCAAAAUUCGGUGUUGCCACCUCUUCCACCGAGGCCCGUGAAAUUGCCCAAAAAUUGAACACCAACAAUUUGGUAUUGAAGGCUCAAGUCUUGGCCGGUGGCCGUGGCAAGGGUGCCUUCAAGAAUGGUUUCAAGGGCGGCGUACGCGUUGUCAAUGAUCCCAAAGAAGCCGAGGAGGUUGCCUCCAAAAUGAUCAAUCAGUUGUUGGUAACCAAACAAACUGGUGCCGCUGGUCGCAUCUGUAAAAAAGUUAUGGUUGCCGAACGUAAAUUUCCACGUCGUGAAUUCUAUUUUGCUGUCAUGAUGGAGCGUGCAUUCAAUGGCCCCGUUGUUAUUGCCUCAUCACAAGGUGGUGUUAACAUUGAAGAAGUUGCUGCUGAAAAUCCCGAUGCCAUUAUCUAUGAACCCAUCGAUAUUAAAAAGGGUCUUACCAAAGAACAAGCCUUGAAGGUUGUCAAGAAGGUUGGUUUGGAGGAUAAACAUGCCAACGAUACCGUUGAAAUGUUGCAAAACAUGUACAAAUUAUUUGUGGAAAAGGAUGCUCUGUUGAUUGAAAUCAAUCCCUAUGCCGAAGAUGCCAUGCAAGGAUUCUUCGCCCUUGAUGCCAAAUUCCGUUUCGACGAUAACGGCGAGUUCCGUCAAAAGGAAUUGUUUGCCAUGCGCGAUUGGACCCAAGAGGAUCCCCGUGAAGUCGAGGCUGCCAAAUACGAUUUGAAUUACAUUACCUUGGACGGUACCAUUGGCUGCAUGGUUAACGGUGCUGGUUUGGCUAUGGCCACCAUGGACAUCAUUAAGUUGUACGGUGGUGAUCCAGCCAAUUUCUUGGAUGUUGGUGGUGGUGCUACCGCUACUGCUGUCAAGGAAGCUUUCAAAAUUAUUACUGCCGACCCGAAGGUGAUGUGCAUUUUGGUCAACAUCUUUGGUGGUAUUAUGCGUUGUGAUGUCAUCGCUGAGGGUAUUAUUGCCGCUGCCAAGGAUCUGAACAUGAAAAUGCCAAUUGUGUGCAGAUUGCAGGGCACCAAUGUAAAUGAGGCUCGUGAAUUGAUCAGGAAAUCUGGCUUGAGAAUUAUUCCACGUCACGACUUGGAUGAAGCUGCCAAUUUGGCUGUACACUUGGCCAAGAUUGUCGAAUUGGCCCGUGAAGUUAAGAUGGAUGUCAGCUUCGAAAUUCCCGACAGCGUCAAGUAGAGAUAUAU